AAACGUCAAAAACGAAAAAAGUGCAAUCCCCAACGUAAACAGAACGAUUUUCCACAGCAGUCUUUUACGGAUAUAAUCGCAUAAUUCGAAAAUUAUUUAAGUUUUUUACCCUAGCAAAAUAUUACAUAUUGUACAAAUAUUUUUGGUUCAGUAAUUUAGUGAAAGUGAUUCUUUAUCGAUUCAGCUUAAUCCACGGAUUAGCGCCCGAAAAUUUUGCAUCACACAAGAAUGUAGUUAACCGAACUACUCAUCAGUUCACCUCACUUUAGUAAAAUAAUUGCCAGAGAAGUUUUUAUUCGCUUAAGUUGAAUUUUCACCGCCCAUUAGUCCAACCGUAGCAUGGACGAGCAAGUCAGCCAGGACUCGUGCGAUGUGGAAGUGAUGAACAACUCCAAAGGGGUGCUGCUGAAGAUUGCCAACCUAUACGCAGAGCAGCUUAUGUCCGAUGUAGUUUUGGUCGUUGGUUCGAAUCGGUAUCCGGCCCACCGGGUCAUACUGUGUGCCAGCAGCGAUGUCUUCCAGGUUAUGCUGAUGAACCCGGAAUGGAACGAAUGUCGUGAAAGUGUUAUAGAGCUCAAGGAGAGCCCAAUGUGUUCGAUGGUGUUUCCGCAGUUUUUGAAAUAUUUGUACGUGGGGCAGAUUAAGGUUUCCAUUCAGACUGUGAUGCCGAUGCUGGAGCUGGCCGAUAAGUACAACAUCAAGGACCUUGUCGAGCUGUGCGUGGACUAUAUGUUGAAGCACGUGGCCAAGGCAGCGACUCAAGGCUAUCUGGUUUCCUGGUAUCAAUAUACCAUUUCGCUAGGCUGCAAUCACGUCCAGUUGACGAGGGCAUUGCAAAAUUUUCUGAAAUGGAAUCUGGAUAUUGUAUCAGAAUCGAACGAUUUUAACGAGCUGUGUGGAAUGAUACUGGUGAUGCUGCUACAACAGAACGAUUUGGUGGUACAGAGUGAAUUUACGUUGUUUGAAUACCUCGAAAAAUGGUUAUUCUUCAAAAAAGAUCAGUUGGAAAAAGAGCUGGAUAUGACGGAGGAGGAAAAACUAUACGAACUGAUCAGUACCAUCGAGGCCGUUUUCGUACAUGUCCGGUUUGCGAUGAUGUCGCCGGCCGAGUUAGCCCAGAUUCUUGUGCGACCCAUAAUGUCCUACCACAAACAAUUCUUCGUCGAACGAGUAGCGAUUGGGAUGAGCUUCCAUUCGGGUCAGGACGAACAAAUCCGGGAGAUUCGAAAUCAACCAAAUGGAGCGCUUCAGUUUACGCCUCGUCUCUAUACCACCGAUGUUUGGGGCCUGAGCAUGACGAUUCCGGAGUUUGAGCAGGUGGAAAAUUAUCGCAACUUUGCGGCAUACUUUUUUUCGCAGAAAAAUUUGUCCGAGUGUCAUGAAGAGCAAAGCGUUGCUUGGGAAAUAGAAUUUUUCCCGAGAGGCGUCCGCUACAACCGUGCCAUGCUUAUUGGGGUAUUCAAUAUGACAAACAAUACCGAAAUUCCGGAGUCCAUCAUCAAAACGGUCCGGUUGAAGGUUCUGUGUCGAGAACGGCUAGAAGAUGAUCGGCGGUUUACGAUCGGUGUUCUGAUCAGUGGAGUCCAGAAUAAAAUCACCCACGUGCGGACGUGCCAUACCCGUAUGGCGUACUUCUCGAACGAGUUUCGAGUGUUGAACAUCGACAACCUCAUUCCGUACGAAGAGCUGGAACUGAGCGCUGUUGAUUUGAGCCCGCACCUGGUGGGAGAAAAACGGGACACCAUCAGGAUACAGGUCAUCAUUGCCCCGCUCGGAGAGUAUGGUUGCUCCGAGGCGCCACCGUUAGAGUUCCGGAACUUAUAACGUUGAACGGUCGUCUCCGGCACCGGAAAAACGAAAGUAUAUCUUUAGUUUUACUAUUUUAAAUAUUUUCGUUGCGACUUAGAGCAAAAUAAUGAGCCACACAAUUUAUACCUAAUAAUUAUAUUUUGUUGAAUAGUCGCCCGUUGAACGGAGCGCGGAGUAAACAAGAAAUAGGUUUUCUUCUCUGCAGCCCCAUUACAUUUGGCGACUGGAAGCCAAUCGAUAACCUUUGCUAUAAUUUGUAGAACCCGAGAGACAGGUGUAUCUCUCGAUAUUAUCAACUAGAAGAAUCACAUAGAUUUUACAGCAAUCAUGGAGAUGCAAGGGCUCUCGUGAUCCAUGUACCAAACAUGUUUUGCAAAUAUAUCUUAAAUGAACU